CUGAGCUCCCAGGAGCCGAGUUCCAGCCCUCAGGAAGAUGCUGAGGAGCGACGGUGGAGAACAGAACCAAUGAGCACCAGCCUCUGUGGGGUUGUCCACUCCCCAGAGGUAACUCACAGAGCACAGGGAAGUCCUCCUGGCAGGAAGGUCUGAGUCAUAAAGAAAGUGAGGAGAAGGGAGAAGACGAGGUGACAAGGACUGGGCUGAAAUGGGGAAUCUUCGUGUGGCACCUGAUGAGAGAUGUUAAUGCCAUGGAUUGGUGACCAUCCUCAGAGUCCAAGAGCAUUUUCUGGGGCGAUUUGCAAGUCCUGCAUGGAAGGGAGAGAGGAACUGUUGUGCAGUAGGAUGUGUGUUGGGAAGAGGAUGAGUCCUUGGUAGCCGGGUGCCUGACGAUGCCGAGCAUAUUUUCCUACCAGAGUGCCGAGGUGGAUUGGUGUGAGAGCAACUUUGAGCGCUCGGCGGUGAUUGCUGAGUACUACAACACCGUGAGUGGCUGAGGGAGGCUGGGGCCGGCUCCAGGCACCCAGGAGCUGCUUUUGGGAUCCAGACAGGACGGGACAUCCCUGUUUUCUUUCCUUCUCCUCCUUUCCUGGUGCUGGAGGGUGCUGGUAUGGGGAGCCUUUUCUGAGCUUCAGAUCAGCAAUGUCAGCUUCUUCAUGCUGUCUCCUGCGCUGCUGUACCUGAACCGGCAGUACUGCCAGAAGAAGGCUGUGCCACUCUACUUUGUCUCAGGGCUGCUCAUCCUCGUAGGUGUCUUCUCCAUGUACUUCCACAUGACCCUGAGCUACGUGGGACAGCUCUUGGAUGAGCUCUCCAUCCUCUGGACGCUGGCUGUGGCUUACUCCUUCUGGUACCCCCAGGCUUACUUCCCCAAGUGCAUCAAGACCAGGAGGCAUUUCUUCUGGCUGACUGGUAUCACCACCGUGAUCAGCACCUUCAUGUCCUUCAUCAAGCCGACCCUCAAUGCCUACGCGCUCAACUGCAUCGCCUUCCACCUGCUGUACCUCACCUGGAGGGAGCUCAAGAAGUGCAAUGACAAACGGGUUCACCGGAUGGCCGCGGUCAUGGUCAUGUGGUGGGCACUGGCCAUCACCAGCUGGAUCAGUGACCGGUGGCUCUGCUGGCUCUGGCAGGCCAUCAACUUCCCCUACUUCCACAGCUUCUGGCACGUGCUGAUAGCCUUGUCCCUGCUGUACUGCUGCCCACUGGUCAUCUACUUCGACGUCAGCUACGAGAUGCCCUCGUUUAAGCCAAAGCUGGAAUACUGGCCCAGCGACUCAUGGCCUGUUGUGGUGCCCUACGUCACCCUGGAGGAACCCCACAAGCAGUGCUAGACAUGGGUGCCCUCAGGCCUCCCUGGGGCAUGGGGUGUGUGAUGCUCACAUGGGGAACAUCUCAGUUGUGUUCCUCCUGUUCCUCAGGCAGGGGCAGAGUGGUAGCAGAGGGGGCAGGGAGCAGCUGAGGCCUCAUGAUGCUGGGCAUGAAGCAAGGUGGGAGCCCACAGGUGCCUCGGAAGGCUCUGCCCAGGCUGGUGCUCAGGGAGCUGGAGAUUUCCUCCCGCAGAUCCCCACGAGGAGGGGAGGGACACGGUGCUGCUUCUGUGUCCUCUGUGUUAGUCAAGCACCAGCACCCCUUGCUGACAAGGGGACUGCGGAGAACACUGAAGCCAAACUGGUGACAGCUGGGUUUGUUGGGGCUGCUCUAAUUAUUAUUAUUAACUCUAUUUAUUGAUUUAUGUGGUCUUACUCAGGAGAGCUGUGCA